UCUGCCCUCAGCACCAGCUCAGCUCUGUUGAUUUCCUCAUCUUCCCCAGUUUUGGCUCUUUUGAGGAGAAUCAGUCAUGUCUCGUCAGUCUGCCUGCAGGAGCUUCGGAGUUGGGAGCAAAAGGGGAUUCAGCUCCUGCUCUGCUGUUGGUGGUGGCUUUGGAGGCAGUGGUCGGAGCAGGAUCAGCUACAGCUCAUUCUCUGCAUCCAGGGGGAUUGGAGGUGGCAGUGGACACUGUGGAGGAUUCAGCAGCCGGAGCCUCCACAACAUGGGGGGCAGCACAAGGAUUUCCAUGGGCAGCUCUUAUGGCAGUGGCUACGGAUGUAGAAUUGGUGGCUUUGGUGGAGGAUUUCCAGGAGGAUUUGGGGGCAUUGGAGGAGGUGUCAUUGGUGGAGGAAUGGGCGGCUUUGGUGGCCCUGUCAGAGGUGGCCCUGGGUUCCCUGGAGGUAUCCAACCAGUGCAGGUGGACCCGACCCUCUUGCGGCCAGUCCACGUUGACAUUGACCCUCAGAUCCAGCAAGUGAAAUGCCAGGAGAAGGAGCAGAUCAAGACUCUGAACAACCAGUUUGCCUCCUUCAUUGACAAGGUCCGAUUCCUGGAGCAGCAGAACAAGGUGCUCUCCACCAAGUGGGAGCUGCUUCAGCAGCAAGGACCAUCAGGGCCAAGGAAGAAUCUGGAUGUGAUCUUUGAGAAUUACAUCCAGAACCUGCGGAGGCAGCUGGAAUCUCUGCUGGGGCAGCGGGCCCAGCUGGAGUCAGAGCUGCAGAACAUGCGGCAGUAUGUGGAGGAGUUCAAAACCAAGUAUGAGGAGGAGAUCAACCGUCGCACGGCUGCUGAGAAUGAGUUUGUGGUGCUGAAGAAGGACGUGGACUGUGCCUACAUGACCAAAGUUGAGCUGGAAGCCAAGGUGGGAGCUUUGACAGAUGAAAUCAACUUCCUGAGGUGCAUCUACGAGGAGGAGUUGUCUCAGAUGCAGACAAUCAGCCGGGACCUGUCCGUGGUGGUGUCCAUGGACAACAACCGGCAUCUGGACCUGGACAGCAUCAUCGAGGAAGUCCGGCGCCAGUACGAGCAGAUAGCCCAGAACAGCCGGGCUGAGGCCGAGGCCUGGUACCAGAGCCGGUAUGAAGAGCUCCAGAGCACAGCUGGCCGGCACGGGGACAGCCUCCGCAACACCAAGAUGGAGAUCCAGGAGUUGUCCAGGAAUGUCCAGAGGCUGCGGACAGAGAUUGAGAAUGUGAAGAAGCAGAACCAUCAUCUGCAGUCAGCCAUUGCUGAGGCUGAGGAGAGAGGGGAGAUGGCCAUCAAAGAUGCCAGGAGGAAGCUGGAAGAGCUGGAAUGUGCUCUGAGCAAGGACAAGGAGGAUCUGGCUCGCCUCCUGAAGGAGUACCAGGAGCUGCUGAACAUCAAGAUUGCACUGGAUGUUGAGAUUGCCAUGUACAGGAAGCUGCUGGAGGGGGAGGAGAACAGGCUCUGCUUAGAGAACCCAUCCAACGUAAAUGUCUCUGUGGUGGGCAGAAGCACCAUGUGCGGAGGCAGAUCUGGCAGCUUUGGAGCCAGCAAUGGCCUGGGUGGAGGAGGAGUGUGCACGGUUGGCAGUGGGAAUGUCAUUGGUGGCAGCUGUGUUGUGGGAGGAGGGAUCCUCAGUGGUGGCUUCUCCUCUGGGAGCGGGAGGAUGUGCAGCACUGCAGGCGGUAACUUCAUGGCCAGUGGGGGCUCCUCCUCUGUGCGGAGAUGCAUCACCACCACAACGGUCAAAUCCUCUGGGGUCAAAUACUGAGCCCUCACCUCCAUCCUCUCAGGGAAAGCAGCACCUUCCUCUUCCUCCCACCAGCAGCACAGCCCCUUCCAUCCCCAUCCGUAUGCAGGAGGCAACAAACU